AUGAUCCAGUCAGGUUGCCAGUCAGGGCGUAUUUUGGAGCAGAAGGGCCUACAGGCUGUGCAUAAUCAGAGAGAACUCAGUCUUUCUGGGCGUACAAAGGAAGAAAGUAUGCGUGCUUAUGCAGCAAAUGUCUACACGUCUGUUGUAGAAGAGCUAAUGAAAGGAAAGCAGCGCAAAUUUAUUGCUGUGGAGCAGGAAUUCUUUCGACUUUGGUGGGAUGCGGUAGCCACAGAUACACACAAGCAGCAGGUCCAUCAGUUGCUUCAGGAGGGACGACUGGAAUUUGUCAUUGGAGGGCAAGUGAUGCAUGAUGAAGCUGUGACACUAAUUGAUGAUCAAAUUUUACAGUUGACGG